AUUCCUCAUCCCUACUACCUCGGUUUUCCUACUCCUCAAAGGUCAUAAUCAGUCAAGCAUAAUGUCCACAUACAAAGUCGCUGACAUCUCCCUCGCCGCGUUCGGCAGGAAAGAAAUCGAACUUGCCGAACAUGAAAUGCCUGGUCUUAUGGCUUUGAAAGAGAAACAUUCGGUCACCAAGCCUCUUUCGGGCGCACGGAUCGCUGGUUGUCUUCACAUGACCAUUCAAACCGCUGUGCUCAUCGAAACUCUUGUCGCCCUUGGCGCCCAGGUUACCUGGUCCUCAUGCAACAUUUUCUCCACCCAAGACCAUGCCGCCGCUGCCAUUGCCGCAACUGGUGUUCCCGUCUUCGCUUGGAAAGGUGAGACUGAGGAGGAGUACAUCUGGUGUAUCGAACAACAAUUGGCCGCCUUCCCCAACGGCGAACCUCUGAACAUGAUCCUUGACGACGGCGGUGAUCUCACUGCUCUCGUUCACGAAAAGUACCCUCAAUACCUACCCGCCAUCAAAGGUAUCAGCGAGGAAACCACGACCGGCGUUCACCACUUGUACAAGAUGUUCCGUGAAGGUAAACUCAAGGUACCCGCCAUUAACGUGAAUGACUCCGUCACCAAGAGCAAAUUCGACAACUUGUACGGCUGCCGAGAGUCGCUUGUCGAUGGUAUCAAGCGCGCCACCGACGUCAUGCUGGCUGGCAAAGUGGCCGUUGUCGCCGGCUACGGUGAUGUGGGCAAAGGAUGUGCCGAAUCGCUCCGCUCGUACGGAUCCCGUGUCUUGGUCACCGAGAUUGACCCUAUCAACGCUCUCCAGGCUGCUAUGGCCGGCUACCAGGUAGUGACCAUGGACGAGGCCGCUCCUCAAGCGAACAUCUUCGUUACGACCACUGGAAACCGGGACAUCAUCGUUGGCAAGCACUUUGAGGUGAUGCCUGAGGAUGCUAUCGUGUGCAACAUUGGUCAUUUUGAUGUCGAGAUUGACGUCGCAUGGCUCAAGAAGAACGCUGUUAAAUGUGUCAACAUUAAACCCCAGGUCGACAGGUUCACUAUGGCCAGUGGUAGACAUCUUAUUCUCCUCGCCGAGGGUCGUCUCGUCAACUUAGGUUGUGGAACGGGACACCCUUCUUUCGUCAUGUCGUGUUCUUUCACUAACCAGGUCUUGGCUCAAAUCGCCCUAUGGACCGACAGCAAAUCAUACCCUCUUGGUGUGCACAUCCUACCCAAGACGCUCGAUGAGGAAGUCGCUCGUGCCCAUCUGGGUAACCUCAAUGUCAAGCUCACGACCUUGACCAAAGAACAAUCCGACUACCUUGGCAUUCCCGUCGGUGGACCUUACAAGUCGGACCACUACAGAUACUAAGCGAUCCUCGCUCUGGCCUCAACUGCCUUAGAGAACUAGCUUCGCGUACCUGCCCCCAGUACCGUCAUCAACUCUUUAUCCUCGACAUCCCGGAUCCCUCACCCCAUCAUCUGCUCUCUGCCAUUUCAUAUUCCCCGAGAUUGUGAUUACUCGCUAUAACGAUACCCUCAUUGGAUUCUUUUGCACAGGCAUCAACUGCCGCGUCUCGUCGCAUCAUAACAUAGCAUCUGUCAUGAACAAAGUUUGGAACAAAGUAUGCCGGAAUGCAUGGAGCUGAACGUG